GAUAGAGGAAUAUUCCUUGUCGCUUAAAGUAGGCUUUCCUUCGGAAAGUGAAAUUUGUUUGUGGAAUAAGAAUAACCCUGCAAGUGGAAAGCCUUGAUGAAAGUAAAAAAGACUGAAACGUUUCUCCUCUAUCGUCUUUCCAUUUUUCACCGCUUAUCUGAAACCCUAGAAUUCGCCCCCAAUCUCUAGGGUUCUUACGCUCAUCGAAAAUUGAGAAACUUUCAUUUCAGGGUUUGUGAAAUUUGAGCUUCUCGUCGUGUAUUGGCAAUGGAUUUCGACAAGGCGAAGCUUUUCGUCGGUGGAAUUAGUCGGGAUACGAGUGAGGAUGCUCUCAGGGUUCACUUCAGCAGGUACGGAGACGUUGCUGGUUCCCUCGUUGCCAGAGACAAGACUACCAAGAUUCCGAGAGGCUUUGGCUUCGUUUGGUUUUAUGACCCCUCAUUUGCUGACAGGGCGCUUCGAGAAACCCAUGUUAUAAUGGGUCGAACGGUAGAAGUCAAGAAAGCAAUCCCCAGAAGUGACCAGCUUCAAUACCACCACCAGCAACAAAAUCUCAAUCAACAGAAGCACAGUGAGAUUGAUAGAAACAGUAGCAGUGUUAGUAGCAAUAACAUUUCUGUGAGGACCAAAAAGAUAUUUGUUGGGGGUUUAUCAGCCGAUUUGACCCAGGCACAGUUCAGGAACUAUUUUGAGAGGUUUGGUAAAAUAGUGGAUGUUGUUGUCAUGCAAGACAGCUCAACGAAUCGACCCAGAGGGUUUGGAUUUGUUACAUUUGAUGCUGAGGAAUCUGUGAACAAGGUUAUGCUCAAUCCUUUCCAUGAGCUGAAUGGUAGGCAGGUGGAGGUCAAGAGAGCAGUGCCAAGGGAUGAAGUGACUAUCAACAGAAAUAAUGCAUUGGGAAGAGAAAAUAUCAAAGGGGGUUCUUCUAGUAGGACUUCUGAUCAGGGAAUGCUCCAAUCAUAUUCAUAUGGUUCUGGUUAUCAGCUUUACCCAACUUAUGCACCAGUUUCAGCUUAUAUGGGUGGGUAUCCGUAUGGAACUGGAUUGUAUAGUAGUGGGUACCCAGUGUUUGGAUAUGGUAGAGGUGGCUAUGGAAUUGCACCGAUGGCAACUGGGAGCCCUUGGAGCGGUCCCCUCAUGGCUGGAACCAGCUUCAGUCCUUAUCUGUAUCCUGCUUACCCUAAUGGUGGAUAUGCUGAUUUGAGCAGUAUGGUUCUUGGUGGCACUGGACAUCAAUUGUCUCAUAUGGUAGCCCCUCAGGUUGAAGGAGUCGCUUUGCAAGUUCAGUCUUUAAGUUUGAAGGAUGGUGCUGCUGGGAGUGCUUCUAGCUGAGAGAACUGCGUGGGGGGGGGGGGGGGGGGGGGGGGGGGGGGGGGGGGGGGCUCUGGGUUAUGGAAAAUUGAAGCCUAACUACUGACAGCCCUUUGCACAGUUUCAAUGGGGGGCUUAGAACGAUUGAUGAAUUCUUUCGCUGAUAAGGUUAGAGCAGUCUAAUUGUCGAUGUUUAGAUGUUUGUUUCUUAUGUGCGUAUGUUGUCAUCAUGUUUCUCUCUCGUGGGUUCCGUGUUCUGUAAGUAAAAUGAUGAUUCAACCGUCUGUAAUAUAAAGUUCAUUCAGCCAUUCUCUCUCAAUUACCCGCUGCCAAAAUAUCAUCACAUCCUCUUCUUCUCUUCUGGGUUGCAGAAUGUGGCUUAUGCUUUGUAAAACUCUAGUUUAAUGCUUUCUCGUUUCAAAGAAUGCCAGCUUGUGCUGUUUCUUUUCUUAUCUGAAUGCGGUGCAACAGUACUGCCAGUGAGCAGAAGCAGGCGGUGAUAUAUAGUCACCAAUAUUCCGUCUAGAUGGAAGGGGAAGGAGAUAAAGCUUCUAUCGGUUA